UUAAAAUAAAGGAAGAGCACCCAAGAAAAAGCAAACUCAUUUAGUUGGAAUCGGUUCAUUCAUACGUUUGCCACAUCAUGUCCUUUUUUGGAUCGAGUACACCGCUGGGAGCGAGCACGCCGGCCAAAACUGGCGGCAUGUUCGGUUCACCAUUUGGAUCGACGCCCGGAGCUGGUCAAGCAGUGUCUGCGUUCGGCGCCCCGGCGUCAGCUGCUCCAGCAUUUGGAACCGCAACAGCGACGCCUGCUUUUGGAGGCGGAACUGCUUUCGGCACUCCCACGGCUGGGCAAGGCUUUGGAGCUCCUACUGCAGCGCAAGGUUUUGGCGGUGCCCAGACAACACCAGCCACAACAGGACUUGGUGGUGGUUUUGGUGGAUUCGGUGCUGCCCCGGCAGCAGGUCAGGGAGGUUUGUUUGCCGCUCCAGCGACAAAUACAGCUUUUAGUGGAUUUGGUCAGCAGGCCGCUACCAGCACAGCGCCAGCGAGUGGAUUUGCAGGCUUUGGGGCAACAACGACCACGGCUCCAGCUUUCGGUGGCUUUGGAACUGGUCAGACAACGGGAUUUGGCGGCAGCGUGUUUGGCUCCAACUUCGGAAAGCCGUCGAAUACCACAGUUACUCCUGGCUUUGGUGGAUUCGGUGGUACCAGUUUUAUGCUGGGCCAGCCUCAACAGCAGCCAGCACCCAUAUCAGCCGAUGAGGCGUUUGCUCAAUCCAUUCUGAAUGUCUCAAUAUUUGGCGAUGAGCGUGACAGCAUUGUGGCCAAAUGGAACUACCUGCAGUCCAUGUGGGGUACUGGAAAGCUUUUCUAUUCGCAGAGUGCGCCGCCAGUUGAUAUCACGCCGGAGAAUUACCUAUGUCGCUUCAAAGCCAUCGGGUACAGUCGCAUGCCCGGCAAGGAUAACAAACUGGGACUAGUGGCUCUUAACUUUGAUAGGGAUCUUUCGGCCAUCAAGCCGCACCAGCAACAAGUAAUUCAAACCCUUCACAGUUUGUUUGGCGGCAAGCCCAACAUGAUGGUGCACGUUGAAACCAUAAAAGAGUUGGAGAAUAAAAAGUGUCAGAUGGUUAUUUACGUGGAUGAGAAACUGCAGCAUGCACCGAACGAGGGAAAGCGAAUAUUGGCCACUGAGCUCUCAAACUAUUUAAACCAGGCAUCGCUGAAACCUCAGCUAACGAAUCUGGGGAUUGUGGAAUCAUUGGCCCUAGUACUGCCCGACGAAGAUCAACUGAAGGAAUAUUUGGAGAAUCCUCCCAGAGGCGUAGAUCCGCGAAUGUGGCGUCAAGCCAAUUUGGAUAAUCCAGACGCUGGUAAAUUCCUACCAGUGCCAAUGAUUGGCUUCAACGACUUGAAAUGGCGCGUCAAAUGCCAGGAGCAGGAAACAGACACGCAUGCCCUGUAUAUGAAGAAAGUGGAAGGAGAACUGACGGAGCUGAGACACCGGCAUUGCAUGGCUUCGGCCAAAAUAUUGGAGCAUAAGCGCAAGCUGGCUGAGCUCAGUCAUCGCAUACUUAGGAUAAUUGUGAAGCAAGAGUGCACACGGAAGGUGGGCUCCUCGCUGACACCCGAAGAGGAGGCCUUGCGCACCAAGCUGCAGAGCAUGCAGGCCGUUGUAUCGGCACCCACACAGUUUAAGGGGCGGCUCAGCGAGCUGCUAUCCCAGAUGCGAAUGCAGCGCAAUCAGUUUGCUGGCAAUGGUGGGUGCGAGUAUACGAUGGACCCGGAGGCCGAGGAUGAGAUGAAGAAUUUUUUGACCAUGCAACAGCGCGCCAUGGAAGUCCUGAGUGAGACUGUCAAUAAGGACCUCAAAGCCCUUGAUGUUAUUGUUAAAGGAUUGCCCGAACUUAAGCAGGCAUGAUGUGAGCGAAACCGUUUAAUAAAGUACGAACCGAUGUCCGAGUCAAUGAACAA